AGCGGGGCGGGGCCUAGGCAUCGAAUGGAAGAUGGCGGAGGAAAGGGAGAAGGCCGCCGGUGUGCCAGCAGUUCCGGUGUCGUUCACUUUUUCUCGAACCAGCGGACGGAAGCGGUUUCUCCACGUAACCGGGCAGAUUGGCGGCGAAGCGAAACAGGAGCCCGAUUUCCUCUCCGCUGUUGAAGGGAAAGAAUUGCAAAGUGUUCGACCAGCUCCUCAGCCAAAAGAGCUUGUCAUUCCCUUGAUCCGAAAGAAUCAGUGGAAGAAGCCUGAGGUCUCUGCAACCCAUCAGGAGCAGGAUGGGCUAAAUGGUGUUGAUGCACAAGCAGUCAAAGAACUCAUUGAAGAAUCCAAGAAAUCACAGGAGCAAUGGGAAAGUGGAAGCAAGGUAGAUUCCAACUUUGCAAUUCCUCUCCUCAUGGUAAACCGUAUGCCUGACGGCUUUGAAGAUGGGGACAAAGUGGAUGUCAGCCUCCGCCCAGAAUCAUCAACUGAGUCGGAUUAUGAAGAGGUACCAGUGGAAGCUUAUGGUCUUGCUAUGCUGAAGGGCAUGGGCUGGAAGGCAGGAGAAGGCAUUGGGCGCACAUUUAAACAGGAUGUGAAGCCAGCAGAAAAUCGUCUUCGGCCCAAGGGCUUGGGCCUUGGAGCAGAUCGCUCAGCAGCUAAGGACUUGAAACCUUCAGGAUCCCAGCGACCCCCAAAGCCAGGCGAGGAACCUUCAAAAAGCAAAGAUGAGCCUUUGGGGUUGGUUCCAGGAGGUGCUGUUUUCAUUGAAAGUGGGCCUCAUAAGGAGUUGUAUGGAAAGAUUGAAGGUGUUGAUGGAGAUAAUGCUCGUGUCAUGGUGAAACUGGCAAUUGGCAACAAAGUGGUCACUGUGAGUCAACAUGGAGUACAGCCUGUUACCCAGAAAGAAUACGAUAAGCUGGCUAAAGACUUAAGUCGCCUCAGCAAGGCUCAUAAAGAGAAGGAGGAGGAAGAAAGAAACGGGGCCAAGGACAGCUCUGAUAACAGGGCCUCCAAAGGAAAAAACGAGAGCAGGGACAAAAAAAGGAAGCACCCAGCAGAUUCAGACAGGGAGAACCAUACUGGGAAGCAGAGUAAGUCUGGUGACAGUUCCUCUUCCAGAGCUGCUCACUGGUUGCGCCAAGAUCUGCGAGUCCGUUUUAUAGACAAGCUCUACAAAGGGGGCAAAUAUUAUAAUACCAAGAUGGUAAUUGAAGAUGUCCUCAAGCCAGACACUUGUGUUUGCCGAAUAGCCGAGGGACAAAUUCUGGAUGGUAUCCAUGAGUCUAUGCUGGAGACUGUAAUUCCUCGGAAUGAUUCCGACUGGGUUAUGGUGGUACUAGGGGAGCAUGUUGGAAGGAUGGGCCGCAUUCUGCGUCGAGAUAAGGGACAGAAUCGUGCAGUGAUACAACUACAACAGGAUGAAGAAAAGCUUCUGACCCUGGAUUACGAUGCUAUCUGUCACUAUGUUGGUGGCUUCGAGGAUGAUUGAGAUCCACAGCUCCUCCAAAAAAGAGACCAUCUACAGAUCAGAGGAAUUUCUCUUCUGAGGCUCAAGAUAAAGAGCCCAGUUCAUAAUGUGGCAUCUCAAUGGAGUGGUGUUGGAAGUAUUAAGCAUGACAGACCACACCAUGGGCAGCCUUCAUAUGCACAGCAAUCCAUGAUUCAUAUUCAGUUAUUUGGCUGGGUUUUUUUUUUCUAAUGAAGAUUUUAGAUGUGCUGUUACUUUUGGUUAGUGACAUGUACAGAUCUCUGAAUCAAUGAUGCUCCAGAACUGCCAAAGACAAGAGUGAUCUAGUAAAGGCACUAUGUGGCAUAAUCAAACAGUUGCUGGUCAACUCUGGAUCUAGAGGACUGAAAAUUAAGCCACCCUUAGCACAAAGAUUUCUGAUUUAGAAACUAGUGGUUCAUGGACUUCCAUUUUAAAUUAUUAUUUUGGAUGUGGAGUUUUAAUCUCUUAAGAAUAGCUACUGCAAUUUGUGCCAUCUGCUGAAAAUUUGGGAUGAAGGCUGGUAAAAUGUAUGUAAGAAAUAACUUGCUCUUCAACUAAAAUUUUAGGAUGGAAACUGGAACCAAUGUAUUUUCCUGAUUUUUUUCAGGAUGGUCAUUUUUUAUUGAACUUAUAUUCACAAAAUCCUGAAGCAAUUAGUUGUCAGAAAAGAAUUGCUACACUGUAGAAGUUUGCAAAAGUUAUUUUAUUGGAAGAAACUGACAAGAUUACAAGGCAUUUCUGAAAGAAGGAAUAAUACUUACAAUAUCCUGGAGCAUCUAUUUUCAUCAUAGACCUAAACAUAAAUAAGCAUCAGAAAUGAACGUAGAUGAACCAUCUCUUGGCAGGUGUCCCAUUUUGCUAAAACGAAUAAGUUUGUGUGUAAAUUUCCCUCUCAAAAUGUCAUGUAAAGUUACUGUCUGUUUUUCCUGCCACCUGUGUAAAAAUGAAUACAGACCCAACUACUAUGUGUAAAAUAACUUUCUUAGACUUCGCUGAUAGUUUACUCUUUUUGGCUAUAAUAUAAGUAAAGUCUUAUUUUGCCUAUUCUUUGUAUGAUUGUUACUAAAACUGUGAUCAGUAAA